CAAAGCUGGAGCCGGCAUCCGCGCUGCUCCGGGGCCGUACGGCCACAGCCGGCGGGCUCUCCGAGCGGGUCCUCCUGACCCUCCACCCCGGCUCUCCAGAGUCGUCCCGAUCUCUGUCUCGAUAGUGGCGAAGGCGAGAAGGACAGUCUUCCGUGCCGCUCUGUCCCCGCCGGGGAAAGACAGCAAGUUGUGCUGCGCCCGGGACCCGCUAGGGACGGUGGCCGCCGCCCGGCCCGGGGCCACCAUCAUUACUACAAAAGUAUGAGAGCCUGAUACCCAGUAAGACUGAAGAUUGGCUACUGCUAGUAGCUGCAUCCUCCUUGAAGAACUGUGCAUUACCUGGGAGCUUCUAGCAACCAGCCGCCUUCAUUCACACCUUCGGGACAGUCACGUUGGGUCCCCCUUGCAUUGCCUGGUGAAAGAUGGCACCCAGCCUGACUUGUACUGGGGUGAUCUGGGCUUUGCUCUCCUUCCUGUCUGCUGCCACCUCCUGUGUGGGGUUCUUCAUGCCUUACUGGCUCUGGGGAUCACAACUGGGCAAGCCUGUGUCCUUCGGCACUUUCCGGAGGUGCUCCUAUCCUGUGCAAGAUGAGAGUCGGCAGAUGAUGGUGAUGGUGGAGGAGUGUGGGCGCUACGCCUCUUUCCAGGGCAUCCCCAGUGCAGAAUGGAGGAUCUGUACCAUAGUGACAGGCCUGGGCUGUGGCCUGCUCCUCCUGGUAGCUCUCACUGCCCUGAUGGGUUGCUGUGUGUCGGACCUCAUCUCCAGGACAGUAGGAAGAGUGGCCGGAGGAAUACAGUUUCUGGGAGCUUAUAGAUUGAGCACAACAUUGAAAAGGAUUCAAGAUGAUAAACAAAUUUGUCUCUUAUGACCUCAAGGGAGU